AUGUUGGCGAAAGCUUGUGAGAAAGGGGAUGGAUCUAAGUCCCUGGGUAAGAUACUGGCAAAAUGGAAAGAGUAUAAUGCUCAACUUGAUGCCAGCAAUGACGCAGAUAAGCCUGUUCGAAAAGUUGCGGCGAAGGGAUCGAAGAAAGGGUGUAUGAAAGGCAAAGGAGGACCUGAAAACUCGCGGUGUAAUUAUAGAGGUGUUAGACAAAGGACUUGGGGGAAAUGGGUUGCUGAAAUUCGCGAGCCGAAUCGGGGGAGUAGGUUAUGGUUAGGUACUUUUUCUACUGCCAUUGGUGCUGCUCUUGCUUAUGAUGAAGCGGCCCGGGCAAUGUAUGGUUCUUGUGCCCGUUUGAACUUUCCUAAUGUUUCAGUCCCGAGAUUCCCCGAGGAAUCUUCAAGUGAUUCUCCGGUUGAAAACCAGUCUGGUUCGUCGAUGGUAGUGUCUGAAAACACCGAGUCCAUGGUAAUACCAAAUAACUCAGGGAUAGGAAUAGACGUUGUCAGUAAUGAAAUGGAACCGAUUUCCUUACCCGCAAGUGUAAAACAGGAGACUGAGUAA